AUGACGGCAAGAUCUCCUAAAAAAGACUCGGAGAUAGGUGUGAAGGAGUUGGGAGAAAGAAUGGGAGAAAUGAUGGAGGAAUUUAGGGCAGUGAGAGAAGAGCUAAGGGAGGGAUUCAAGGAGCAGGGUAGGAAGAUGAGAGAAGAGAUAGAGGACCUGAGAAGGGAGUUUAGGGAGCGAGAGAAGAGAUGGAAAGAGGAGAGGGAAGAGACAAAUAAGCAGAAGGAGAAAAUGGAAGAAAGAAUAAGGAGAUUGGAGGAAAAAUGGAAGAGAGGAAGGAGGAGAAGAAGGAGGAGGAAAGAAACGGUAGAGGGGAGGGGAAGGAGAAGUAAGAGAGAAGAUAGUAAGCAUGGUAGUGGGGGAAAGAGUAGACUCGGACCAUCACCCAUUGGAAAUAGUAGUAAGAAGGGGGAAAGAGGAGGAAGGCAGGAGAGGAGGGUGGAAGAAAAGAAGCAGGGGGUGUGGAACGAGGAAGGAGCAAAGAGGUUUAUAGAAAAAAUAGGAGAGGUGGAAGAAAAAGAAGAAGAGUUGAAUAAGGAAUGGGAAGAAAUGGAAACAAGAAUAACAGAGGCAAUAAAAGGGGUAGAGGAGGAGCUGGGAAAUAAGAAAGGGAAGGUGGGAUGGUGGAAUGAGGAAUGUCGAGAAGCGAAGAAAGAGACAAGGAGAAAAUUAAGGGACUGGAGGAAGAAAAGAGGAGAGGCCAGUGCGUACAAGGAAAGGAGGAAAGAAUUUAAGGAGAUAUGUAAGAGAAAGAAGGAAGAGGAGAACCAGAGAUGGGAGAGAAAAGUGGAGGGAGCAAGGAGGGAGGCGGAGGUGUACACGGCUAUUCUGGCGGAGAGGCUAAGGGAGGAGAUAGAGGGAAAGAGAAUGGUACCGCACAAUCAGACAGGUUUUAGAAGGGGAAUGGGAACGAUAGACAACAUUUACGUGUUGAACUACAUGGUGAACAGAAGGUUAGAGAAGAAAGGGGGAAAACUGAUAGCAUGUUUUGUGGACCUUAAGGCAGCGUUCGAUUCGGUGGAUAGAGGAAUACUAAUAAAAGCUAUGAGAGAAAGGGGAAUAAGGGACGGACUGGUGAGAAGGACGGAAGAGAUGUUAAGAGAGACGAAGAGUAGGGUAAGAGGAGGAAACGAAUUGGGAGAAGUAUUCUGGACGGAGAGGGGAGUAAGACAGGGAUGCCCUUUGAGCCCAAUUCUGUUCAAUGUGUUGCUAGCGGACCUGGAAGAGGAAAUGGGUAGAGUUAAAUGGGGAGGGAUAAUGCUAGGAGGCAAGAGGGUGUAUACUCUGGCCUACGCGGAUGAUAUAGUGCUAAUCGCAGAGGACGAGGACCAAAUGAAGAGUCUGAUAGAAAGACUAGAGGGGUACCUGGGCAGGAAGAGAUUGGAAUUGAACGUGGGGAAAACAAAAAUAAUGAGGUUUAGGAAAGGAGGAGAGAGGGACAGUAAGAGAAAGUGGAGAUGGGAAGGAAAAGAGUUAGAAGAGGUGAGGGAAUUUCGGUAUUUAGGAUACGUGUUUCAAAGAAAUGGAGGGCAGGAAGCCCAAAUAAGGGAAAAGAUCAAAAAGGCGGCCGCAGUGAUGGGAAAAGUCUGGGGGAUAGGGAAGAGGAGAUUCGGGAAAGACUGGGGAAAAAGACUGUGGCUGUUCGAUAGACUGGUGUGGACGGUGUUGAGUUAUGGAGCGGAAAUAUGGGGAUGGAGAGAAAGGGAAGGAAUAGAAAGAAUGGAAGAAAGGUACAUUAGAUGGGUAUUGGGAGCGAACGUGAGAACACCGUGGUAUCUAGUGAGGGAGGAGUUACAAAGGGAGAAAUUAAGAGGGAGAGCAGGAAUGAGGGCAUGGAGAUUUGAGAAAAAGUUAGAGGAGGGUGGAGGAAGUGAACUGGCGAGGUCUGCCUGGGAAGAGUUGAAGGAAAGAGAGAUGGAAGGGAAAGCUGGCUCAGAUUGGGAAAGAGAGAGAGGAAAGUUCUUCGAAGACAGAGGGGAUAGGGAGACGCAGAGAAAAGAGAGAUGGGAGAGGAUCGAGAAAUCAGAGUAUAAUAAGUGGUAUAAGUGGAUAAAGGGAGAGGGUAUCCCGGGAUAUUUGAAGAAGGGAUGGGGAGAAAGUAGAUGGGGAAGGGUGGCGAGAUUCAGAUUAGGGAACGAGAUAGGAGAGAGCAGAUACUGGGAAGCGGAGAAGAAAAAGAAGUGUAGGUUGUGUGGGAAUAAGAAGGAAACGUGGGAGCAUGUAUGGAAAGAAUGUAGAAGAUGGAAUUCAGGAAAGGGAAGCUGGCAGGAAGCGGUAGGAUGGGUUUUGGACGAGGAAGGAGGAGGAGAGGAAUGGAUGCUAGAAUUAGAAGGGGAGAGAAUGAGUGGAAAGGGAGAUUUGGAGGAGUUAAAGGAGG